GAAUUAUCAGACUAUAAACAAGAAGUUGAAAACUCAAAAAAAAGAAAAUUAGAAAAUAAUCCAGAAACAAAUCAAUUUUCUAAAAAAAAUCAUACAACAGUUGAAUCAGAUAAUAGAAUCGAAACAGAUUACAACUCAGAUCCACAGAUUGAAUCUUCAACUCAAAAUCAAAUUAAUAAUCAAUAUUCUGAAAUUGAUAGUGAUUCAGAAAAUGAAUUUUCUGAACUUGAUUCUGAUGAUUCUGAAUAUACAUGUCAACAAAAAAAAGGAAAAUUUAAAGAAAAUAAAAACCUAGAACUUAAUAAUUUAAAUGAGAUUAAUGCAAUUCAAGAAGUAAUUAAAGCCAAUCAUAUAGAAUUGAACUUAAAUAGAAAAAGAAAUCGUAGUUUUGAUGAAUUUUUAAUUACUGAAGAUGAUAUUAAUGAAGAUCAUAAAUUAGUUAUAAGUGAUAUUUCGAAAAAAAAUAAAAAGAUUAAAGUAGGAUCUGAUACAGUAGAUAAAUUAGACAAAUCAAAUUCUUUAUAUCUAG